ACUCACCCUGUGUUUGUUUCCUUACAAGUACAUCAACGUUAAUCGAUUUAUUUUAACUGAAGUACAAUUGUGAGAAAAACAACAAAAGACAUUGAAUUUUUGGUAACAUUAACUAACUACUCUUGACUCAUUCUCGAAAUCUGUUUGAAAGUGACAUAGAAUGAGUGCCCGAUCAAGACGUCCUGGCACUGCCAAUAGCCAAACCCCUAAUGAAUGUGUACAAGUAGUGGUUCGAUGUCGCCCCAUAAGCAACAAAGAACAAUCCGAGGGCUCCGAGGAAGUGGUGGCAGUGUAUCCUAAUCGAGGGGUCGUAGAAAUAAAAAACUUGACCGAAGCAAAUAAAGAACAAAGAAAAAUGUUCACUUACGAUGCGGCUUAUGAUGCGUGUGCCACACAAAUCAACUUAUAUAACGAAGUCGUCUUUCCUCUUGUAAGUUCAGUUCUAGAUGGUUUUAAUGGCUGUAUAUUUGCGUACGGUCAAACUGGAACAGGAAAAACAUUUACUAUGGAAGGUGUUAGAGGUAAUGAAGAUCUCAAAGGUAUCAUUCCUAGAACAUUUGAACAAAUUUGGCUACAUAUUAAUCGGACGGAAAACUUUCAAUUUCUCGUCGAUGUCAGUUAUUUGGAAAUAUACAUGGAAGAGUUGCGCGACUUAUUAAAGCCGAAUUCUAAACAUUUAGAAGUGCGAGAGCGUGGUUCUGGUGUUUAUGUACCCAAUUUGCAUGCUAUAAAUUGUAAAAGUGUUGAUGAUAUGCUAAAUGUAAUGCAUAUUGGCAAUAAGAAUCGCACAGUGGGCUUUACAAAUAUGAACGAGCACAGUUCACGAUCGCAUGCUAUAUUCAUGAUAAGAAUAGAGAUGUGUGACAUUGAGACAAACACUAUAAAAGUUGGAAAACUGAAUUUGAUAGAUUUGGCAGGAAGCGAACGUCAGUCUAAAACUGGAGCUUCUGCCGAACGAUUAAAGGAGGCAAGUAAAAUAAAUCUUGCGCUUUCUUCACUUGGCAAUGUAAUAUCAGCACUGGCAGAGAAUUCACCGCAUGUACCCUAUCGUGAUUCGAAGCUCACUCGCCUGUUGCAGGACUCUUUGGGCGGCAAUUCGAAAACAAUUAUGAUUGCCAAUAUUGGUCCAUCGGCAUAUAAUUACAAUGAAACAUUAACUACUUUACGCUACGCAUCCCGUGCUAAAACUAUUCAAAACAAACCAGUGAAAAAUGAAGAUCCACAGGAUGCUAAGCUUAAAGAAUAUCAGGAGGAAAUCGAAAGGUUGAAGCGCUUAAUUGCACCAAAGCAACAGCGCACUGAAAAGGUAAGCAAGAAACGACAACGUAAACCAAAGAAAGAAAAGGUAAACAACGAAGUGGUACAAUUGGAAGUAGAAGAAAGUGAAGAAGAGCCCGAAUCAGACAAAGAAAAUGAAGCGGAAGUAGCGAAGUCAAAUGUAGAAUUAGAACGCGAGCGUGUUGAGACAGCUAAACUUGCUACUAAAUUAGCAGAACUAGAAUCACAGUUAGUGCGUGGUGGAAAAAAUUUGUUGGAUACCUAUAGCGAACGACAGCUAGAACUUGAAAAGAAGCUUGUUCAGAUUGCAGAAAGAAAAAAACGUGAAAUUGAAAUUCAGCAGCAGCUGGAAUUGCAAGAGGAGACUACAUUGGAAAUUCGAGAGACGGUUACAUCUUUGGAGCAAGAAGUAGAAUUGAAGAAAAGAAAGCUCUCCAAAUGUUAUGCUAAAUACUUGGCUCUACAACAGGAGCUCAAUGAUUGUAAAUAUGACCAUAAUCAGGAUUUACGGGAAUUGGAAAUGGCCCAAAAUGAACUUGUGAAAGAAUUGAAACGGCAGUUAUUAAUCAUAGAUAAUUUUGUACCAGUAGAAGUAAAGCAACGUCUCUAUACCCAAGCGAAAUAUGAUGAGGAGCAAGAGGAAUGGAAAUUCUCAACCACUCCAAUGAUAGGCGAACAACAUAGUUUAACAAAACGUCCGGUUUCCCAUCCUCAACGUCGUCGUCCCAUCUCAGAAUAUGCAUUAAUGGAAGCUAAAACCAAUGGAUCUGGUGCUUUGCGUUUCAAAAAUGAAAAUAUUGUAGCUUAUGAACUAGAAAUGCCUUGUCGCACCACACAGGAGUAUCGUUCACCAAAAGUGUCAGCUUCGUUGCAAGCAGUAUUAGCUCAAGCUAUGCAAACCGGUGACGAUAUCGACAUUGUUGAUUCGCAUACUAAUUCUAUACGUAGUCGACUUGAGAAUAUAAUUAAUGCUAGUGCUAAUGCUUCAGCGGCUUUAUCUUCUGUUAAUAACAGUCCCGUAACUCCGAAUGUCGUAGCCUCAGUGCCAAUUGCCGGAGUACGUAAUAUUAAACCAGGUCGUGGUAUAGCCUCUCCUGGCUCUGCUAUUGACUCAAAUAGACGCCCACCGACUGGGCGUAUGGGGCUUAAAAAACCAGCAUCGGCUUAUCCCAAAGCUCGUGGACUAGUUAAUAAGUAAAAAACGUUAGUUAUAAAAAAGACGUCACGUUUAACAUAUGGAAGCACACAUGUUUUAAUCGAAUAUCUUAUCAUGAUUAUUAUUAUGAUUGUUAUUAAGUUCGAAAAGCCUGUAAUUAAACACUUAUAGCACCUGAAGAUACCUAUCGUUAUAUUUAAAUGGGUUACAACUCAUUAGUGAAGCAUGUUGUUUUGGCAAUACGGCUAAAAAGAAGUUAAUACUCAUAAUUGAUACACAUACAUAUAUGUGUACGUGUGUUAAUUUAUUUUUACAGUUUUAUUUUCUAAGAUUAUUGUUUUAUUGACUGUGCAAUAUAUUAAUAAGAAACAAAAAAUCAUACUAGCAUUUUUUAAUUUGAUAAGCUUUACAAUAAUAAAAUAAAUCACGCACCCCGCACAAAAAA